GCAAUAUAAGCACAACAUAUAGCACUAGCCAACUUGAAUAGUUAGAAAGAGAGAGGCAAGAAUGGAAGAUGAGGUGGUUGUGAGGGAGGAAGGACAAAGGACAAGAUGGAGAAGUAGUGAGUUCAUGAAGGAGAGUGGUAGGAUGGCAAAGGUGGCAGGGCCUAUGAUGCUUGUGAGCAUGUCCCAAAUUCUCUUGCAGUUCAUAUCAGUGGUCAUGGUUGGCCAUCUUGGUGAAAUCCCUCUCUCCGCCACCACCAUCGCCACCUCCGUCGCCGCCGUCACUGGUUUUAGUGUUCUUGUGGGGAUGGCAAGUGCAUUGGACACCCUGUGUGGGCAAGCUUACGGUGCAGAGCAAUAUAAAAAACUAGCAACCAAUACAUACAGUGCAAUGGUUUCCCUUACCUUAGUUUGCAUUCCCCUUAGCUUUUUAUGGCUGUUCAUAGAUAAAAUCCUCUCUGUAAUUGGCCAAGAUCCAUUGAUUUCUCAUGAGGCUGGGAAGUAUGUCAAGUUGUUGAUCCCUUCGAUCUUUUCUUAUUCUAUCAGUCAGCCAUUAAUGAAGUUCCUUCAGUCUCAAAGUUUAAUCCUUCCAAUGCUCCUAAGCUCUGUUGCCACAUUAUGCCUUCACCUUCCUCUUUGUUGGUUGUUUGUGUUCAAGUUUGGAUUUGGGAAUGCCGGGGCUGCAUUAUCGAUAAACAUAUCGAAUUGGACUUAUGUUUUAGUUCUUGUAUUGUAUGUCAAGCUCGCAAAGUCUUGUGAAAGAACACGGGCACCGAUUUCAGUCGAGGCUAUAAAAGGAGUGAAUGAGUUCAUGAAACUAUCUCUUCCUUCUGUUGCAAUGCUUUGUCUUCAAUGGUGGUCCUGUGAGUUGCUCGUUCUGAUGUCAGGGUUCUUGCCAAAUGCAAAGCUUGAAACAUCAGUACUUUCUAUAUGUCUAACUAUUGUCCAAGUUAUGUUCUGCUUUCCAUAUGGAUUUGGUGCUGCUGCAAGUACAAGAAUAUCAAAUGAAUUAGGAGCCGGAAAUCCACAGAAAGCUCGUUUUGUUGCUUAUGUAGUCUUGUGCCUCGCGCUUGUGGAGGUUACUAUUGUGAGCGGUAUUCUAUUUGCCGCUCGUCAUAUUUGGGCUUGUGUUUUCAGUAAUAUUAAGGAAGUUGUCGAUCAUGUCAGUCGGUUAGCUCCUUUCAUUUGCCUUGCAGUUAUAAUGGACUGUUUACAAGGAAUUAUCUCAGGAAUUGCUAGAGGAUGUGGGUGGCAAAACAUUGGUGCAUAUGCAAACCUUGUGGCUCUGUAUCUGAUUGGAACUCCACUUGCUAUAGUUUUAGGCUUCAUAGUGCAUAUGAGAGGAAAAGGCAUUUGGAUUGGCAUUUGGAGUGGGGCAACAAUACAAUCAAUCUCUCUUUUGCUAAUCACUUUCUUCACAAAUUGGGAAAAACAGGCAAAGAAUGCAAAGAAAAGGAUUUUUGACGAGAAAUUAACAGAUAUUAAUGCAAUGUAGUGAUCAAUAACUUGGUGUGUAAGAGAUUUCAUAUCGUGUUCUCCUCGAAAAAGAAUUAUCGAAGUUAUAAUUAGUUUGGUUUAUGAAUUAUGCCAAUGUUAAUAACAUCAAUAUUUCUGAUUUAAUAAUAUUUCCAUGUACUUAGAUUCGCAAAGAAAUCUAACCUGCAUAUGAAGCAGAGAAAUGGUAUUUAGGCAGAGUUGAGUAUAUCUUCGACACGAUAAAAAUACCGACAUUUCCCUAACCUCAUGGAAGAGGUACUUGGCUUUUAUACACCUUAAAACCGAUUCGAAUUCUAUGAGACACAUGAUCACAUUGAUGAGGCAAAAUUAUUACAACAUAUAGACAAGAAAAAUAUAAAAAAAAAAA